GCGAACAACAAACCGAAAACCAUCCGGCCAGCGUGUCGUCGCCGGAUCGCCGCCAACGGGGCACGGGAUCGCAGUGGUCGUCGUCGUCAUCAUCAUCAACAUCACCAUCGUCUUAGUAAAAAUAUAAUAUUAUUACCAUAAGUGUCAAAUUACAGUGUUAUUUUAGUGUCGUUCUGUGUAUUAAUUUUUUUUCGAGAUACAUAUCAUAACAAUUAUACGUAAGUCGUUGCCUCGGUAUAAUAUUAUUUCGAUUCGUUUGAUUACCGGAAAACCCGUUAAUCACUGCGCCGGUGGUCUGUUGGUUUUAUCGUCAUAUUGUUAUCGUGGUUAUAUUCUUCGGAGGCGGUGACGACGACGGCGAUGACGGCGAACGAGAAGAUCUCGACAGUCACAAUGUGAUCGAAGGUCGCCAUAAGAAUCGCAAAGGGGAGACUACGACGUUUUAUGGAAACGCGUGGCCGUCCGGUACCUGGCCAGUGGUGAACGACCGAUAGCCGCACUGCAGCAGCCGUCAUGUUCGCGGCCGCGUGGCUGCUGUUGGCCGCGGUCGCCGGCUUGGCGGUGGCCAGCGAGUAUCCCGAACGCGAGUGCUGCGAUCCCGUCAACCCGCCACCGGCGUCCAUGUCCGCGACGCCCGAUUACGCGGCGGCUGCCGGCCACGAGGUCGCGCCGCCCACGGCCACAGCAAUCGACGGACACCGGGAAGAUAAAACGCCAACGGGAAGUCUGAAUUGUUUGUUGGCGAGAUCUUUAUGCAACGAAGAUCCAUCAUGUUUUAAAAUUAUAAACCUCAUUCCAAGUUUAUGCGGAAACGAAAUAGUCUCGUGUUCGACGACUACGGUGAUAAAGUGUCGGGCUGCUUUGAAAACCCUUCAAGCGUUCCCGUUCUUCAAGCCGACGUGCCUGUGCCGAGAGCCCAAAAUCGAUUACGAAUGCAACUCCUUCCGUAAUUUUUUGUUCGACCAUCCGUGUAACUUCACACAGCGCAAAGAAUACGACCAGUUCCACAUCGAAACACUGGCUUCGUGCAACCACGCGUUGACUGUUUGUGAAUCGUCGCCUGAUUGCCGACGAAUAUUCGAUGACUUCAAGAACAACUGUAAAGUGACCAAAGACAAUACAUGCGAGACUAAUAAACCGGAAGAAUGUCACAGGGAUUGGUUGCGGUUGAGGAAAACGCCGCUGUUCGGAUGCAUAUGCCCGCAGAAUCAAGUCAAAAAACGAUGCGAUCGAAUUUUUUCACUGAUAAAUGAAAACCCGUGCAUCAGUUCGAAAUCGACGCCAAUCGACAACUCUAUAUUGAACUUCCAAAGUACGUGUCACGAGGCGUUGGAAACCUGUAACAAACACUCACAGUGCCAGGAAAUGGUGGCGUCCAUAACCCGGAACUGCAAUCACAGACAGUGCAAAAAAGCCAACUGCAUGGAGUCGCUGCAAAACUUUUACCGCAACGAAUCUAUGCAUUCAUACGCAAUAGAAAUCGCGUUUUGCCUGUGCAAGAAAUCUGGAGUCAACAAAGACAAAUGUUUAAUAGCUCAAGAGAUGUUACAUCCGGAAUGCGCUCAGCGUGCGGAUGGCCCGGCGAAGGUGCCGUGUCAUUUCUUAGCCGAGAGCUGUCGUGCGAAAUCAAAUUGCAGGUCUCGACUCGAAGCUUUCGAACAAACGUGUUCCGUGGAUCAAACGACCAGCCGGUGUGCGGGGCCGCCAUCCACGUGUCGCGAAUCCAUUCUUGGCAUACUGGGGACGAUGUUGAGGACAAAUUGCGCGUGCAAGGACACGUCGCCUUCCAAGUUCUACGACUGCAUGGGGUGGCAACGGGUGUUUUGGUUCAACUCGUGUGUGGUGGAAGCACAAAGGGAUUUCCAUAUGACCAAGAUAAAGGACUCGGUAAAAUUAUUAUCGCGUCACUUUCACACAACCACCGCAGUGGCGGUCGAUCAUUACGAUCAGACUACGGCGAUUGCGGUCAGACCACUGUCGCCGGCAGUCCCGUCGACCGAAGCCAUGGACGUGCCGACCACAACCACGGCCAGGGUACUGAUAGCCGGCAAAAAAUUUCGGUCUGAUACCACGACCGUUGCGGUAACCACGCCCAAAGCCACCACGACUUCAGUGGCGACCACUGCUGUAACAACAUCCGUCAGCACGGUUUCGACGACUGCGUCUACUACUCUCUCACUAGCCACUCAAAUUCCUUUGCGAGGAUGCAGUUUGCAGAGAUCGCCACACUACAAUAAACAAUUCAUGUCUGAAGGUGACGUAAUCAGGCUUCACAGUUUGGAGGACAACUCGUGCUCCGAGGUGUGCCACUGCAAGACCGGCGAAAGUCUGACUUGUCAAACCAUCUGCGUGGAAGUCGAACCGUGUGAAACGGAAAUCGCGUACUACCAUCACGAGUCACCAGCGUAUAUCGCAUUUCGUGGACGGUGCAUGUGCUACGUCGGAAGAUUUAUUUGUAUGCGACCAAAAAUGGGUUCGUAUACGCUUGUACCGGGAGUGUUUCUGUUCUUGGGAUAUAGCGAAAAGGACGAACAGCUGUUGAAAAGUUUGGAUAUUAUGAACUUUGAGAUAAAAGACAUCGUUUACACCAUACAGAAGUUUAUACAAGAGCACAUGGUGUUUAACACUACAUGCAAAUUGCAACUACACAGCAUGUCAUUCGAGAAUAUGAUCAUAAUGGGGAAAGCGUCUCAGAAACUUACCACUGGAGGUUACCUCAAAAACGAUGCUACGGAUAUCCGGUCUUCCGUUCUCCAAGAUAAUAUGGCUUGUUUCGAGAUAUUGAAGAACUUCUCGUUUAUGGUCACCACGCAGGCCAUGCAAGUGAAAACAAACAUGCUGCUGUCCGUGUUGAAAAUCGCCGAGGUCGACAUACUACUUCCGGUGUCCAAUUCGCGGACUUCCAACUUGUCGCCGGACACGUGCACGGCGACGCUGUUACUGGUAAUUAUUGCGGCGGCGGUCCUGUUCUAGAAGACUUACGGCGCCGCUCGGACGUUACGAUGAUAUUAUUAUUGUUACCAUCAUCGUCGUAAGUCUUUAUAAUAUAUUAUAUAUAGAGCGUCGCGUCGAGUUAACUUUUCUCUUGUAAAUUUAUUGUUGUUUUUAUUUUUUUUUUUUUUGUGUGUGUGUGCGUGUGUGUGCCACCGAUCAUACAGUUAGUAGGUAUGUGCCGCCGACAGGUAAAUUAUGAUGGUACUGCGAUGGUAUAGGUUCGAUUUGAUCUGUACGGAAAAUCACUAAAUUGAUAAUAAUGUUAUUACGACUUACAACUGAUGUCGUCGUAUAGGUGAUCAUCACUGUUCUAUCUUUUGUUUCCGCGCUAUCGUAAUAAUAAUUUAUUGUAAUAUUGUCUCGAUGUACUCGUAGUCGUGGGACGCAGUUGCCACUUUACGGACUGCUUCCAACAAUGUGCAUCCCCCUUAGCGGUGUACGUAAAACGGAUAUUAUUAUUUCAAGCCUAUUUUCGAAUCGCUCAAAUAUUUAAAUUACCACGUUAUACCAUGUUAUACAUUAGGUAUAGUGUUAUUUAUAGGUAAUGAAAUAAUAUGAUAGUUUAAUAUUACGAUGAGUAUGAUACAACACGAGGGUGUUUAAGAGAGUGUUUCACGCGUAGGUACCUAAUUAAGAUAUGGUAUUUAUAAGUAUUUCCAAACGUUACUUGGUAAACAAUUGUAAAGGGUGAUAAAAAUGUAAUAUAUAUACAGAUUCGAUGUCCUAAACUUGCAUGAUUUUAAAAUGUACGUCAUAAUGCAUACAACGGUCGAAUGAUGAUCAGACACGGGGUAUGAAAAAUAAAUAAUAAAAAUGCUAUUAAAGUCUUAGUGUCCGGAUGCCGAGUAUAAAAAACACCAAAUGUAUUAACUUCAGAAUAACACUAAAAUAAUAAAAUUAUUAUUAUUAUUAUUAUAGUGUCAACGUGGCGGUAGAAACUCUAAUUGCCCUAAGGCUUAUAAUACGGCCAACCACUUCCCGGAACUCGGCAAUUUUGCAAUAUUAAUUUAGAAAACAGUGGCGCAGACAUUGUAGGCAAUCAACAGACGGUUGGGGUCACCGCCUACAAUUUCAUGAGACGAAGGUAAUCAAAAUCCGGACAUUUUCCUAAAAUAUAUUUUCCGAAAGCGCAACCAUACUAUAAAUACAAAACAUUAAUUAUUUGUGCCAGUCUAUAUUUGUUUAUUUUUCUGGGAAACUCAAGUUUAUCCGUGACCUUUCUGCCCACCUCAUAAAGUUAUUAAUAACAUUAUGGUUUGACAAGACUAAACAAUAAUGUUUUUUUUUUUGUUUGGUCACAAUAAUUUAAAAUAAGCAAAUUGUUUUUAACAAAAUAUUAUACAACAAACAGCAUAACAGUAAUCGAGAGUCAAUCUGGAUAACCCUAUGAAAUAAUCUGAGAUCCUAUUGAGACAGGUUGGAACCACUGAGAAUUCGGGAAAAUACAUAUUUUAGAAUGGAACUCAAGAUUAAGAACUGUAGUUCAUAACAUAAUAUUUAAAAUUUAUACUGGCACUAGGGAGGCAUAUAAUUGGAUUUAACGGAGGAUUUAACGUCAAAACAAAAAAAAAAAA